AUGCACAAAAAAUUGUUGGGAAAGCUUAAUGCAAAAUCCUUGCUACAGUAUUAUCAACAAAUUGCUUCUAUUCAACACCAGGAUAAGGGAGCCAUCGAGAAUUUUGCUAGCACUUUUGUUACUAAUCGGGUGGAAACUGGUGUCGAGGCUGGCGUUGAGGUUGGUGUCAAGGCUGAUAUCGACACAGGUGACAGGACUGGUGUCGAGGUUGCUGUAUCGGAAGCUGCGCAGAAACUACGACAGGCAACUCUCCAGUACCUCUGCUUCCCAUUCGAUUUAAAAUGA